AAAAGACCAGGUAGCCAUUAGAAUCAUCGGUGCUGUUUGGAAUUCGUGAUGAUUUAACUUCGAGCACGCCGUGCGAAUGCCCUCCAACGCGGGGGGGGGGGUAUCGCGAGCCGCAGACAACGAGAACCAUGGUUGCGAGUAACGAAAACCUACCAAUCUCCAGUGGAACAUUUUUCCUCGGAGAGAGAAUGAACUGCUAUAUAAGAGGUGUCGAAACCCAUACCAACUGUCUUAUUCCUUUCCCUCUUUAACUCAUCCUCAGCAAUAGCAACUGCCCUCAUUCUCGAAAGGAACAUCGCCUACCAUUGCAUAUUCUCUUUCUGACCUAGAACCACCCUAUACGAUAAGCGAAAUGGUUGCCAUCAAGAACCUCGUUGCUGUGGCCCUUGCCGGCUUCACCAUCGCCGCCCCCCUCGACACCACGGCCACGUCCACGUCCGCGUCCACGUCCACGUCCACGUCCACGAACUCGGCUGUCGCCGCCCCCGAGCCCGCCAAAAGCCGCAACUGCGACCAUCCCCUUGGACGCAUGCUCAUGCGCGUCUUGGCGGUGCCCAGCGAAAAGAGGCGGGCGGCCAAAGACCGCUGGGUCCAAUGCCUCCGUAACGGCACGGGGCUGUCCAAGCACUCCAAGAAUAUCCCCGCCAACAGCACCGUUAUCACCGGUAACAUCAUCAAGUGCAUUGGGGAGUUCGCCAAGGCCGUGGAUCUGUUCGCCGAGGAGAAGGGCUGCCCGAUGCCCAAGAAGAAGGAGUGUAAGGGAAACGAGCCCAAGGCAAUGGAGACCAAGGCUCCGGCCAGGAAGCAGCGCCCGCUCUCCGCACUCACAUUUGCCGUUGACUUCCUCUUCUGUCUCAAGGACACCAUGGAUAAUCGCAAGUGUAUCCAGGAGGCCCGGUGCAAAAUCGCCAAACUCAGAAAGGAGGAGGCCAGGCAGAAGACGACGCAAAAGGUAGAGCCGCGGGGCCUCGCCGUUGCCACCGACGACGACGACAACGACUUGCUCGUCGCAGACUACAUCGAGGGCCUCGCUCUUGACUCCGACGAUGCCGACGAGGUCGUGGACAGCAUGUUCGCGAUCUACCUUGAGGUUGGCGCGGCCACCCCCGAACUGGAAGCGGCUGUCUUGAAUGCCUCGGAGGUGAUAUAUUAGCCUUUUCUGACCAGUGUUCACAUUUGCGACCAGGUCCCGAGAAAGGCUUGCUUGGAGGAAGAUGGUCCGCAAUGGGAACUUGGAGCCGAAGACUUUUCUCCUAGCGUCUGAAUGUUUGAGAUUCAAUUUGAACUUCACGUAGCUGGGAUGCUCACCAAAAACGAUCGCAAGGUGGUGGUGGUGAGUGGGCAAGUGUUAAGUAGACCAAGUCGAUCUAAUAACCC